AUGGGCAGGGUACAGGAUACAGACGGUGGAGAGGAUAGAAACGGUGCAGAGGAUACAGAGGGUGCAGAGGAUUCAGAGGGUGCAGAGGAUACAGAGGAUACAGAGGGUACAGAGGAUACAGAGGGUGCAGAGGGUGCAGAGGAUACAGAGAAUACAGAGGAUACAGAGGGUACAGAGGGUACAGAGGAUACAGAGGGUGCAGAGGGUGCAGAGGAUACAGAGAAUACAGAGGAUACAGAGGGUACAGAGGAUACAGAGGGUGCAGAGAGUGCAGAGGGUGAAGAUGAUACAGAGAAUACAGAGAAUGCAGAGGGUACAGAGGAUGCGGAGGGUGAAGAGGAUACAGAGGGUACAGAGGAUACAGACGGGCGAGCUCAUCAGACGGAGGACGACGUCAGAACGACUCGAGCUGAAAGGAGUCCAUCGAUUUAG